UUGGAUCUCAAGCUCCUUACAACAAAGCCCUUCACUCACCGCAUGCACAAUUAAGCUUCUUUGACACAAAUCACAUAAUUCCUGCAAGUACGUACCUCUAUCUGUAACAUUAAUGGAGACUGUAAGGAGGUUGGUGGGUGAGUACCCAGUGGUGAUCUUCAGCAAUAGGAGCUCUUCUUGCCUGAGCCUAACCGUCAAGUCAGUAAUAGGUAGCUUUGGGGCAAACCCUAAAGUUUACGAGCUGGAUCAGGUACCAGAUGGCCAGCAAAUUCAGAGGGCGCUGCAGCAGAUAGGAUGUCAAGAAAACGUACCGGCUGUGUUCAUAGGGCAAAAGUUAAUUGGUGGUAGCAAAGAGGUCAACAGUCUACUUCUUAGGAAUGAGCUAGAGCCAUUACUCAGAGACGCCGGAGCGAUAUGGGUCUGAUGAUGAUCAAGUACUAAUAUAUAUAUAUUAAUCAUAUAUCUAGAUCGAUCAUGCAUGUACUACUCAUGAUCAUCAAUAUUUUUGCUACUGUAUUAAUUAAUAAUUACUAACUAAUCAUGAUAGGGCUCGAAUAAGCGUUUUUUGUACACAUGAGAUGUUUAUUCGAAUCUAAUGAAUUAUAUAAUAAUCUUCUCUC